AGGCAAGGCACGUCCUCAACUCAAGUUUCAUGAAUGAUUGAUAUGUGGAAGAGUGUAUUGGUGUUGGUGUUCUUGUGUCUUAGUCUUAGUAAUGGUGAUGAUCAAGAGAAGAAGAAACCCUGUUUGUGGGAGUGGAAGAGACUGAGUAGCGCUUACUCUGCCUAUCGGGCACUUUUUCCUUCAAGUAUUGGUCUUGACAUGCUUAAGAACCUUGUCACUCACACAUAUGCCCGUUUCUUUCCUCCAAAUAUAGAUUUUAGAAGAGAGGAGGAAGGGCAAGUCAAAGAGAAUGGAGCUGGGGAAAAGGUUAGAGAAGCUUUUGCGAAAAGCCUAGGAAAUAGCAAAGCUACGUUGGAGGAUGCAGCAAAAUCAGCAGCGGAAACCGUGAGGACCUUCUCUGAGUCUGAUGAGAAUAGGGAAACACAACAUCAAAACGAGCUCUGAGUGAUUAUUCUCUUCUCAUCUUUAACCAACCCACCCUCACACGACACAAAUUUAAAGUUCUUCAUUUCAUUUCUUAUUUGUUUUCUUUUGCUGCUAAUAAAUAGUAACGAGUCUUUUGCUUAAUGCUGUGAUUGUAAGUAAAUAAAUGAAGAAGCGCGCAGCGUUUGUUUGUGUGCAGCUGAUAUGGCAUGGAAAGCUAUAGAUAGUUCUUUUUCCGGUAAUAAAUUCCUCGUUCUGAAA